CAGCUGAGAGGCUGACAGCACACUGGGUCAACAUUUUCAGAGAGGCCAAAGAGCGCUUCAUUUGCACAGAGCAGCACUCCUCUGCCGCCUGAACACAACCAUCAUGACUGAGAGACAUAUUCCUUUCACCCUGCACCGCACCCCUAGCUGGGACCCAUUCCGUGACUGGCACCAAAGCAGCCGCAUCUUUGACCAGUCCUUCGGUAUGCCGGCUCUGCCCGAGGACUUUGCCACAUUCCCCAGCACCCACUGGCCGGGGUACCUGAGGCCCUCCUUCCUGGCCCCGGAAAUUGGAGCCAUGAUGCCCCACACACCCAUGAUGUACGCCAACCCCAUGAUGGCCCAGCAGGCUCGGGUCCUGUCCCGCCAGAUGAGCAGCGGUAUGUCAGAGAUCAAGCAGACCCAAGACACCUGGAAAAUGUGUCUGGAUGUCAACCACUUCUCACCUGAGGAGUUGGUGGUGAAGACUAAGGAUGGUGUGGUGGAAAUCUCUGGCAAACAUGAGGAGAGGAAGGACGAGCAUGGCUUUGUAUCCAGAUGCUUCACCAGAAAAUACACCCUCCCCCCGUCGGCGGACAUUGAGAAGGUGACCUCCUCCCUGUCUCCUGAGGGGCUUCUGACCGUGGAGGCUCCUUUGAUCAGGCCUGCAAUCGAGUCCGCAGAGACCACGAUACCUGUCAACGUGGACAAAGGUGGUGUGGUUAAGAAGUAGGACGAAAAGCAGCGCAGCGUGUCACACAUACACACACUCACACAUUCAAUAAAGCAUUUUGUUUCUGCUUUUAGAAAGGUGAAGAAGCAGCUUACUGCUCUCACUAAACCAGGCUUGCUGUCAUGCCCCGAGAGAGAGAGGGAUUGCCCUUGCUCUUCUCUCUCCCCUCUGUCUUUGGUAAUGAGCCAACCCCAGCUGAGUGCACUGUGUAAACACAUCUGCACCAGUGCCAUAUGCCAGCUCUUUGUGCUGUAAUUACACUCUUCAUCUGAAUAAGGGAAAUUUCAGCUUAGCCCUGUUUAAAGAUUGUUUUAGCCUUCUUUCCUUCACUUAACACACAGUUACACCUUUCUGGUUUGUACUGAGUAAAUCCGCUUCAUACUGCCUCCUCACAUAUGCUCAACAGCAAAGCAGACUGUAAUUAGCAGAGAUCUCGAAAAUUAAGGAAUCAAUAUCCCAAGACAGCAUGCACACCACCACUCUAAGUAGUGAACAAUGCCUGUUAGCGAUCACACUGUGGCCUCUCUGGGCUGGUAAACAAGUGUUUUCUGGUGCCUUUGGAGACUUGUCUGUUCAGCCAUGCAAGCAGAGAAUAAAGAACACAAAACAAA